GUUGUCCUGUCAGGACUUGGACAGACAAAUGCGGCGCAGCCUUCCGUCUGCCCAGUCUUUACAGCUCGUACCUCACCGAUUUACAUCAGCGCUUUAGUGAGAAUUCAGAUCUAGGUAUACGCUUUUUUUCCAUCAGUCUUGUUUCAGAACAUGAGGUCGUUUGGUACUGCAGCCAUGCUCCUGCUGGUCCCCUGAUUCGCGAAGCAGCAGCCUGCUUCCCCCGAGCUCAGGAUGUCCAGUAGCUCGGGCUACCCCGCUGGCCAGGGGGGCUCCAGCGGCGAGCAGACCCGCUACCCACCCCACUCCGUUCAGUACACCUUCAGCAACGCACGGCACCAGCAGGAGUUUGCCGUUCCAGACUAUCGUUCCCACUCACAGGACCCUCAGGGCCGGAGAAGACCCUCAUUGCUGUCAGAGUUUCACCCAGGAGCUGAAAGGCCGCCGGAGAACUGCCAUGGCUUCGAGAUGCAGUUCCUCUCCUUCACCGCCCAGGCCAUGGAGCAGUUGGAGGCCAAACGGCCCCGCAUGGAGACCAUCUCCGAGUCCCACAUCGCCCGCGCCCCUUCCACCACCGGGGGCAUCAUCAUGCCCCUGCCCCACGCGGUCCAGGACAGCCUCAGGGCCAACAUGGAGGUGAAGAAGGAGUCCCAGUACAGCAUCAAAAUGGAGACCUCGUCCCCAGGCGGGCAUGCGUCCCACCUGGGGGAGGACCAGGACACGUCCCCCUCCAAGCUGUCCAAGGAGGAGCUGAUCCAGAGCAUGGACCGUGUGGACCGGGAGAUCGCCAAAGUGGAGCAGCAGAUCUUCAAGCUGAAGAAGAAGCAGCAACAACUGGAGGAGGAAGCCGCCAAGCCAGUGGAGCCCGAAAAGCCUGCGACUCCUCCCCCGGUGGAGCACAAGCAUCGCAGCAUCGUGCAGAUCAUCUACGACGAGAACAGGAAAAAAGCAGAGGAGGCCCAUAAAGUAUUUGAGGGUCUUGGCCAGAAGGUUGAGCUGCCCUUAUACAAUCAGCCGUCGGAUACCAAAGUGUACCAUGAGAACAUCAAGACUAACCAAGUAAUGAGGAAGAAGCUGAUUCUGUUUUUCAAGCGGAGGAACCAUGCUCGUAAACAGAGGGAGCAGAACAUCUGCCAGCGCUACGACCAGCUGAUGGAGGCCUGGGAGAAGAAGGUGGAGCGGAUGGAGAACAACCCGCGGCGGAAAGCCAAGGAGACGCGGACGCGCGAGUACUACGAGAGGCAGUUCCCCGAGAUCCGCAAGCAGCGGGAGCAGCAGGAGCGCUUCCAGAGGGUUGGCCAGAGAGGAACGGGUCUAUCUGCCACCAUAGCAAGGAGCGAGCACGAGAUCUCCGAAAUCAUCGACGGCCUUUCUGAACAGGAGAACAACGAGAAGCAGAUGAGGCAGCUGUCCGUCAUCCCCCCCAUGAUGUACGACACGGAGCAGCGGCGGGUGAGGUUCAUCAACCUCAACGGCCUCAUGGACGACCCCAUGAUCGUGUACAAAGCCCGGGGCUUCAUGAACGUCUGGACGGAGCACGAGAAGGAGAUCUUCAAGGAGAAGUUUCUGCAACAUCCCAAGAACUUUGGCCUCAUUGCUUCUUACCUUGAGAGAAAGUGUGUGUCAGACUGUGUCCUCUACUACUACCUCACCAAGAAGAAUCACAACUACAAGACUCUGGUGAGACGCAACUACGGCAGGCGUAGAGGGAGGAACCAGGUAAAGUUGGCUCUUUUUUUUUUUUCUUGCGUGUUGUCGUGCGCUCUCUCGUCUGUCUGUGAUUUAGCUGGCACCGUUGAAACUGGAGAAACUUCUCGCUGGACCGAGGAGGAGAUGGAGGUCGCCAAAAAAGGUUUGGUGGAGCACGGACGAAACUGGACGGCCAUAGCCAAAAUGGUGGGCACCAAAAGCGAAGCGCAGUGCAAGAACUUCUACUUCAACUACAAGCGGCGACACAACCUCGACAACCUACUCCAGCAGCAUAAACAAGACACGCGGCGGGCGAGGGCGGACAUGUCCCAAGGCGAAGGCCUGGCCACGGCGUCGGCCGACGAUGACGAGGACAACCAGGACGACAGCGAUGCCGGGGACAACAGCUCGGACACCGAGAGCGCUCCCUCGCCCUCGCAGGCCGACCCCUCCAAGGCUGGCGAUGGCAAGAGGGCCGACGGCGGGGCGGCCAACAGCCACCCCUCGGAGCAGGACCAGGCCCAGGGCGCGGCCCAGAGCCAGGGCGCGGCCCAGGCCGGGGGCGCGGCGGCGGGCCCGAGCUCCAAGACCCAGGAGACACCCUACGGCGAGCUGAGGGUCAAGCAGGAGAAGAGCCCCGAGGGCGACGGGGGCACCCCGGAGGAGAGGGCCAGGGCGGCCCCGUACACCGGCGUGCUGCACCCCAAGACGGAGCCCCAGGACCUGGAGCUGAGGAGCGGCGGCGGCGGCGGGGGGGAGGUCCAGGUGAAGGUGGAGCCCGAGGCCAAAGAGCGAGGGGACAAGGGCCAGCCGGACGAGCGGCAGAGGGAGCUCCCCUCGGACAACGACUCCAGCGCCACCUGCAGCGCCGACGAGGAUGUGGAGGCGGAGCCCGAGAGGCAGAAAAUGUACACCUUGGACAAGCCUUCGAUGCUGGGGCCCCCGGGGUCCGUGCUGGUCUCCUCCAAGCUCAACAUCCAGCAGCUGCAUCACCGCGCCGCAAACAUACCCCCCAUGGUGCAGGGUCCCUACGGGCCCGGGGCCGUGCCCGUCAGUGGCUUCACUAUGUUCCAGCACCAGAUCAAGGCGGUGCAUGAGUCCGCCCACCAGGAGGACAAGCAGAGGCAGGACCAGGGGGAGCCCGACCGCCGGCCCCCCAGCCACCCCGCCUUCAGCACGCGAGAUGGUAAGCCCUACCCCUUCAUGCCUUUUGAUAUGAAGCUGGCUCUGGAGCAGGAGGCCCAGUCAGGCCGGCCUGGCUCCCCCUACAGGCUCUGCCCCAGAGAGCUGAGCAAGGCCUCUGCCCAGUCCGACCCCAGCGCCCCCAAUGUCUCCCGCUACAGUGUGCCUCCAGUCCUGCACCCGACGCCCAGCCAGUCGGCCCAGGACAUGCCGGAGGCCGUGCGGGUGUCGUUCAGGCACAGCCGGCCCCCAAACAUUCCAGCUCCGCCGCCCCUCAUUCCCACCUCCAAGCACACGGACAAGCCCUCCUUCAUCCAGGGCGGCUCCAUCUCCCAGGGGACUCCCGGCACGUACCUCCCCUCACACGCCCUCUACGGGCCAGAGGGCACCAAGAGCUCCGUGGGCUCCAUAUCGCUGGGCCUGCCCCGACAGCAGGACCACAACAAGCCUGGCUCCAUGCAAUCCGUCCAGGAUGGGAGAGGCAACCCAGGCAAGAUGGGCGAGGGCCUGGCCUAUGGGCGCGGAUCGAUUACCCAGGGUACUCCUGCCAUGCCCCAGUCCAGCAUCGCUGCUGACCUGCUGAAGGGCACCAUCACCAAGCUGGCCACCGAGGACAUGAGCAGCCCGGACAAGAGCGGCCGGGGGGAGCAGAUGCCCAAAGGUCACGUCAUCUACGAGGGCAAGAGCGGCCACAUCGUCUCCUACGACGCCAUCAAGAACCCCAGGGAAGCCACCCGCAGCCCCAGGGCCGGCCACGACCUGAAGCGCUCCUGUGACAUGAUGGAGGGCCCCACGGGCAGAGGUCUCCCCGGCCGCGACGGAGCUCCGUUUGAAGGAUUGAUGGGCCGAGCGUUGCCUAGAGAGGGUCUCCAUGGAGAUUCUAAAGAGAGGCCUUUCAUCACUGGAUCCAUUAUGCAAGGCACCCCCAGGACGUCGGCCGAGGCCUACGACGACAGCCCCAAAUACAAGCAGAUCAAGAGGGAGAGCCCGCCCAUCCGCUCCUUCGACGGGGGCAUCGGCAAGGGCAAGCCGUACGACGCGGUCAACACCAUUCAGGAGCUGGGCCGCUCCAUCCACGAGAUCCCCCGCCAAGACCAGUCCGGCGGGGACAGCCGGAAGACCCCCGACAUGGCGGACCGGAGGGUUUUGGAGGGACCCAUGUCCCAGAUCCAUUCUGUGAACCAGCCCGCCAUCAAGCACAACGUCAAGUCCCUGAUCACCAGUCCAGGCAAGAUGCCCCACGGUCUGCCCCAGCUGGAGGCCAUGGAACGGGCCAAGUACGAGGAGAGCAAGGGCGGGCCGGACCGCGUGCGCCAGUCCGUGGUCAACUCCACCGGCGUGCUGCGCUCCACCCACCAGGAGGCCAACAGGACCCAGCUCAGCCCCGGCAUGUACGAGGACGCCAACGCCCGCAGGACCCCCGUCAACUACAGCACCAACUCACGGUCGUCGCCCAUGCUCGGACGCGCCCCAGACGGAGGCAUCAGCUCCGGGAAGGCCGUGUCCCACGAGAGGAAGAGUGUCAUGACCCCCACGCCGAGGGACAACGUGCCGGCCAAGUCCCCCGUGUCCGAGCCGGUGGCCUCCCACAGCCCCUUCGACCCCCACCUCCGCCCCAUGGUCCCCGGGGAGGUGUACCACCUGCCCCCGCACCUGGACCCCGCCAUGGCCUUCCAGCGAGUCCUGGACCCCGGCGCGUACAUCUUCCCCCGGCAGCCGACGCCAGCGGGCUACCCCAACACCUACCAGCUGUACACCAUGGAGACCACGCGGCAGACCAUCCUCAACGACUACAUCACCUCCCAGCAGAUGCAGGUCAUCCCGCGGCCGGACCUGGCCCGGGGCCUGUCGCCGCGGGAACAGCAGUCCAUCGCCAUCCAGUAUCCGGCCGGGGCUCGAGGGAUAAUUGAUCUAGCCCAGAUGCCUCCAACUAUCCUGUUACCUCACCCUGGGGCAACAGGUUCCCCCACUAUGGAGCGAAUCGCCUACCUCCCCGGAGCUCAGCCCCCUUUCCCUCCUAGGCCCUUCAACCAAGCCUCCAUAUCGCCAGGCCACCUAGCCGCAGCAGCCAACGCCGCCGGCAUGGAGCGAGAGAGGGAAAGGGAGCGGGAGAGAGACCGGGAACACCGAGACCGAGAGCAGCGGGACAGAGAGCAGCGGGACCGCGAGCACCGGGACCGCGAGCACCGGGACCGCGAGCACCGGGACCGCGAGCAGCGGGAGCGGGAGCACCGGGAGCGAGAGAUGAGGGAGCGCGAGCAUCUGGCCGCCGCGGGCGCCAGCGCGUACAUCCGCAGUGGUUCAGAGCAGCCGGGCCGGCCGGUCAGCCGUGGUUACCUGCGCUCCCCGUCCCCCUCUGUGCGGACCCCUGAAGGCGUGGUCCAGCAGAGGCCCAGCAUCUUCCAGGGGACCAACAGCAAGAGCGUCAUCACUUCUCUCAUACCCCAGUCCUCUGCCUCGGCGGCGGCGGCGGCGCAGGCGGGCUCCCGCUACAGCACGGCGGCGGACGCCCUGGCCGCCCUGGUGGACGCGGCCGCCUCGGCCCCUCAGAUGGACGUGGCCAAGGCCAAGGAGAGCGGCAAGCAGCAGCAGGACCACCGCGACGACGACAUGGCCGCACGGAGGGCCGCCACUCUCGCCGAGCACCAACAGCUCCAGCAGCACCAGCAGCACCAACAACAACAACAGCAGCAACAACAACAACAGCAGCAGCAGCAGCAGCAGCAGCAGCAGCAGCAGCAGCAGCAGCACCUCCACCAACAACAACAACAAGCCCUGCACCACCAGCAGCAGCUGCAGCAGCAGCACCACCACCAACAGCAGCUGCAGCAGCAGCACCAGCAGCAGGAGGCGGAGCGGCACGCCAUGCAGGCCCAGUACGGCUCCAAGGACAAGGGCACCAAGGCCCGCAUCGAGGAGGAGCUGCGCACCCACGGCAAGACCACCAUCUCGGCCGCCAACUUCAUCGACGUCAUCAUCACGCGGCAGAUCGCCUCGGACAAGGACUCCCGCGAGAGGGGCUCCCAAAGCUCAGACUCCUCCAGCAGCCUGGCAUCCAACCGCUAUGACAACCCCAGCGGAGGCACCAUCGAGGUCAUCAGCCCCGCCAGCUCCCCGGUGCAGCCGCAGCAAGACAAGCCCGAGGAGAGGCAGCCGCAGCCACCCGCCCACCAGCGCUCCAUGUCUGGGCUAGCCCCCGCGGCGGGCAUGCGGCCCUUCGACAUGAGCCGCUACCGACAGCAGGGGGAGCCCCCCCACGCGGCGCCCCAGCAGCCACCCCCCUCCCAGGGCGACGGCUACGCUCAGGUCCCAAAGACCCACCGCGUCAUGACCCUGGCGGACCACAUCUCGCACAUCAUCACCCAGGACUUUGCCCGGAACCAGGACCCUCCGGCCUCCUCUGCCUCCAGCACAUUCCAGAGCUCGGCGCCCCUGGUGUCCACCUCCAGCCGGGUCAAAGCCCCCAGCCGCUACAGUCCAGAGAACCAGGCCCCCCACCACCAGAGGCCCUCCAACAGGGUGUCCCCGGAAAACGCUCCCGACAAGCCCAGAGCCAGACCCGGGAAGUCUCCGGAGCGCGGCCGGCAGAUGGAGAACUAUGAGCCCAUCUCCCCGCCUCAGAGCUACCAGGACAAGCAGGAGGCGGCUGGCCCUCCGGCCCCCCAGAGGAGGCAGAACGACAACCCGGAGAUCAGGAGUGACUCCCGCUCUCCGGGGAACAUGUCCUACUUGCCCUCCUUCUUCACCAAGCUGGAGAACACCUCUCCCAUGGUGAAGUCCAAGAAGCAAGAGAUCUUCCGUAAAUUGAACUCCUCUGGUGUCGGGGACUCUGAUGUUGGAAACGCACAGCCAGGCACCGAGAUCUUCAACCUGCCUGCGGUAACCAGCUCAGGCAGCAUCAACGCCCGGAACCACUCGUUCAGCGACCCGGCUAACAACCUGGGUCUGGAGGACAUCAUCCGCAAGGCCCUGAUGGGCAACCUGGAGGACCGGCCGGACCAGGACCACCAGGGGGGGCCCGGCUCACAGCCGGCCAACAGCGAGGGCCGCCAGGAUGCUAAUCGCUCACCUAGCAUAGGUAAGCAGAAACCGCAGAGCAAGGCGGCGAGCCGGAAGUCCAAGUCGCCCAACCUAGGCCAGGGCUACGCCGGGGCGGAGCGGCCAUCCUCCGUGUCCUCCGUCCACUCCGAGGGCGACUACACCCGCCAGGCCGCCGCCGGCUGGCCCUGGGAGGACCGGCCCUCGUCCACAGGCUCCAUGCAGUUCCCCUACAACCCACUGACCAUGCGCAUGCCGCCCACCUCCAUCGCCUCUCCGGCCAUCCAGAGCCAGCAGCAGCAGCAGCUGGCUCCACCGCCCCCUGCUGGCCCCACGGCGCAACAGCAGCAGCAGCAGCAGCAGCAGCAGCAGCAGCAGCAGAGGGUGUGGGAGCGGGAGCCUCUGCUGUCAGAGCAGUACGAGACGCUGUCGGACAGCGACGACUGAGCGGGCCUCCAACCGCCCACCUCCCCCCCCCCCCUCCUCCCUCUCCCCAACUGAAACGCCCAGGAAACCCAGUGGAACCGGGGAGCGAGCGAGAGAGAGAGAGAGAGCUUAUCCUGCCCACCUUCCCCUCACCUCCACUCUCUAGAUCUGGCCUCACUCACUGGUGAGUGCGGCCACUGACCGCAAGGGGAUGGCAUCCGAUGUUGUUUAUUUUUUUCUGGGUCCGAUGGCGCCCCCUGGUGACAGCUGUCAGGAAUAGCAGCUGUGGCUCGUUACCCGGCCAGGUCUUUUCAGGACAGACUCUGUUUUUUUUCUGUGAGCACUGGCAAAGCCAGGCAGAGGAGGAGGGGAUGAUGGGGAGUAGGGGGUAACUAAGAGGAUUUUAUGAGUAACAAAAUAAAGAUGAAGAACUUAUGUAAAAACAAAAAAAAUUAAAAUGGAGAAAAGGAAAUGACACAAGAGACAAUUUCUGAAUUUUUUGUUUGAUUUCUGUAAAGAUACACCUUGUCUUUUGAGAAAAUCAUUGUAUGUAAAUAGUCAGCUUUUUGCAGUGUUUUUUCGUAACUUGAUUUCUUAUUUUAAUGUUGCUUUUUAAAAUUGAUCCACUUUAAAAUGGGGAAGAGGAGAAGGAGGAGGAGCAUCGCAGUCUUUUUGGUAUCACAGACGGUCUCCCUCUUGAAACAUCUUCCACCCCCUCUUCUCACACACACACACACACAUACAGACACACAUUAACACAUGCACACACACAACGCGUUUCCUCUUGUGAUGCAUCGAGGGAGAGGUGGACCUGAGGGAUAUACUUGAUCGUGCGUGUGGAGCACAGAGACGCGCUGGCCCCCUGCCCACCAAAAACCGCCAGAUUCUCAACAUCUUGUACAUUAGUGAAACAUACAGAUACACACCGGACACACUUACAUUUCACUACAACAUCUGGGACAAUUCAUUGAAAGAACCGACCUGUAAAGUCAACUUGUGUUACCCACUUUGCAGUCAGGGAAACUAUCUUUGGUGCGAGUUAGAAACACUGGUGUCAAGAGUAUGAAAAGUGAAAGUCAAUGAUAAGCUUAAUAUUGCCGACAGUGAUAUUCUUGAAGACAACUUCUUGGGCCCUGCAUUGAUCUGAAUUAUGAACGUGAGCUGACGUUGUCUAUGUUUUGGGUUUUUUAUAACAUGAAGCAGUAAAGUCUCCCACUAUUGCACAAAUUGGAUGCUCUCUGAAACGUAGUCAACGUGAAAAUAGUGCAAGAGAAGAAAUCUAUUUUUUUCUUUUUUCCUUCGUGAGAGGGUAUGCCAUCCCUGGCGGCUUGAAAAACAAGGCAGCUUUAAUAAAUUUUCUCAGAGAUAUACAUUGGUGUUUAUUGAUAUUUGUACGUUCCUUUUCUUUUAUGUAGUCCCCCCUUUUUUUAUACUGUCAAGACAGUCAUCUGAAACUGAACUCGGUAUUAUCUUUCCGUUGGACAAAAAAAUUAAACUAACCAAACGUGAAAAAGGUCGCUGCACCGUUGCACUUUUUUGUUUUGCAUUGGGGCUUUUUGUCAACAAAAGGCCAUACUACCUGUUGUGUAACUUAUUUAGCCUCCGCCACAGGAGCUUACUGAGGUGUGCUUUAAAUAUCCCUACGCGGCUCGCUAGAGAGACGGAUAUUUGGACUUCCGGCCUUCUCUAUAAGUAGCUGGUGCUUCAUAUCUUUCUUUUUCUCCAGUAGGAAACUUGCUUCACGGUCUCGAUUAGUGUAUGGUCCCUUCUUUUAUUAAACUUUUUUUUCCGGGAGUUGCUGUCGUUGUCAUUUUUAAUACCCUUGUCACCUUAAUCUCUUCUCUGGAUCCUGGGUUGAUAGCAUUUUAACCCCCCCCCCCAUCCACAAGCAUGAAGCUUUCAAGUAUUAACGCUAGGUCAUAAUUUAUAAUGGCAGUUACGCUCCUUUCUGGUUAAGCCUCUUUUUUUGUCAAAUAUGUGAAAUCCUACCGUGUUAUAUUAUAGACAACCAAUCUGCUCUAAACUUUAUCCUUUUUUUUCGUUCUCGUCAUGAUUUUGAAUUCUAGCCCCCCCCCCCCCCCCCCGUUAUAUGAUUUUCCACAUCAAUGUAUUUCAUCCCGUAUUGACGGGGUGUUAUGUGUUUACAAUGGCAAUGACGAAAAUAAAGUUUACAAACUUGAAUCUUAAAAAGACAAAAAAAUAAAUGAAGCCGAAACUAAAUUGAAGCGUCUUUUCAGCUCACAAUCAAACACGCAGUGGUGACUUUCUGAAAUUGAGACUUGAAAUAACCCAUGUAUCCUAUGAUGUUGAAAUGCAAUGUUCGUAUCGCACAAUGUCUCUUGGUAGUCUAUUACAAGAAUUCAGACCAAUCAAAUAAAGUGGAUCACUUCUCCACCUCUGAAAA